AUGGGGACACUGAUGCUAUUGCAGGAGGAGGAGAAGGAGAAGGGGGAGGAGGAGGAGGAGGCUAUUGAAGUUUCCAAACGCCAGGCAAAAGUAAGAGAAACACCAGGAAAUUCUGAGAAUUCUAUGAAGUUGGAAGCAGUUGAAACAAAGCUGCAAGACCUGAAGACAAACAUGGCCAUAUUGGGAAAAGAAGUAGCUGCCGCAAUGGUUGUUGUAGAAGCACAACAACAGAGGUUAACCCUCCAUCAUCUUAUAGCUAUGGUUGAAGCAAAGCGUGCCUAUCAUCAAAGAGUACUCCAAAUACUUGAUCAGCUUGAGGAAGAGGUUUUAUUUCCCUACCAUGGUGAGUCUGAAGUUGAAUUGAAUCUAUCAGUUGAAUUGACCCAGACCCACAAUGAGUCACAAAGCAACCCAUAA